AUGAAUUUUUUCAUCCCGAAAAGAUGUCCGCUUCACCAAUGGAUACAAGGCAAGUAGGUAGACAUGUCUUUAUUUUCUCGAAGCAGAAUGGUAGCGAGAAUUCUCCUACAAUUAUUGCAAAGCCUGUCAACAUCACACAGGAUUUGCCACGAGAAUUUCUACGCUAUUUAAAAACAUUGUUCGAUAUUCUUGACGAGAAGGGAACAGGUUUUGUGCGACUCUCUGACAUAGAGACUAGGUGGAAAACUAAACAAGGCUCGAAUGGACUCGGAGAGGGAGUCAUGGAAAAUUUACGGAAGGUUACCCCCAAGAAUGGGCUUCUGAACUUUGAAAGACUAUGUACUGGAAUGAAAUUGGCCCUUAAAACGCAACCACGCGCCCAAACAAAUGGUAGUGCGAACGGCUUAGAUCACUCAACCAGAAGAUCGAACUCGCUACCGCAGCUGGACACGGCGACUAAAGGUUGGACUUCCGAUUCUAGCGAGGACUCAUUUGCAGGCAACGAAAACAGAACUAAGGCUCAAGUAAUUAACAAAUUAAGAGAUUGGAAGAAUGAAAAUCAAGAAAAGAGGCGUUCUCUGACUUUUAAUGCUUCAAAUCCACGGACAAACGGGAUCGAUAGCUCCGGAAGUACAAGUAAGUGUUUCUUUUGUUACGACACGGUGGGCUGGUAGUAAAUGAUAUUCAUGGGAAUUUCGGCCUUGAACCUAUAAAUAACCACCAAUUUUCUCUUUGUGGUCCGAAUUUUCUAAUUAAAUAUGACUAGUAAAAGAAAUAAUUUUUCUUUCGGGGCGCUUUUAACUUCAUAAACGAACGCGCGUUAAUUGAAAACAGUAAAGGUGUCCUAAUCUAAAUAGAACACGGAUUAAAGCAUACCGGGCGCUUUAGCAUAUGUCCAUAUUUCGACGUUUUUACGUCAAAGGAUGUCGCAUAUGUUUAAAAUUAGUUCAAUGGAACAGUACUACAGAACUAGUGGCGAGACAAUGUUUAUUUUUUUUAUCUUUUGCACUCGUUCAAUUCGCUUGAAAAUUUAUUAUGUUUAAACUACCACCCUCUUGAUCUGAAGUAGUUUUUUUCGCAUUUCAGAGGUUCUAAGACUGAGAAGUAUUUACAACAUGAUAAUUCGUUUGGCGUCAGAUUAACGCUAAACGAUUUAGUUAUAAUCCUGAAUUUGGACACAAAAAUUGGACGUGCCAAAAUGUGUAAGCCAUUCCAGCGAACACAAUAGAGAUUACGGUUAUCAAAAUACCAGGUGGUCUCUCUGCAUGGCGACCUCGAUUAUGUCUAAACAACAUGUCAAAACUUUAAAAUUAGACUGUAAGGCCAAUGUACCGCAAAUGUCUUCAGCCAUGAAAAAGUGUUUAUUUUACAUUGUCAAUAUAACAUAUCUUUUUUGUUGCACAUGAUUGAUGAGAAUAUUAGCUGACAAUUUAGAAUUCCUGUGGAGACUAUAGUUAACUUUUUAAAGUUUCAGAGGUUACAGAUUUCAUGUCUGGGCCUGUUGUGGUUCUUUCUCGAAAGUUAUGUAAUUGAGUCUUGACAGACCAUACGACAGACCAUUAUUUUUUUGUGAUAAACAAACUACCUCUUAACUUAGAAAUGCUGGAGGCAGUGCUAGAAAUAAUCUUAAAACGGAAAAGGAUGUUGAAAGCAAGGGAGAUGCAGCAAUAUAAUCAGGAUGAUGAUGCAGCAGUGUCUCAAUUAUAUCCCCUAGGAUGUCAAUAUACAUCCCUUCACAAGAGUUUCUGCCCUCAACUUCUUCCUAAAAAAUAUUGGAUUUUUCUCAUUCAAUCUUAAUAUACAAAUAUCUUGGCUUUGAGACCCCCCAAAGCCAACCCACAUUUUGCAAUGUCUAAUAUUUUUCAUUAGAUUAAUGGAUAGAUUUUUCAAGCAUUGAUCACAAUAGGUGAAGGACAUAAUUUGGAAGUGGAAAAUAGAUGCUUAUAGGAGUUAAUUUUUUUUUAUAGAGGAGCAUUACCAAUGAUGGUUGAAAUUCCAUCCCUAUUUAGGGCAACACAAGUUUAAAGUAGACUGGGCCUUCAUUAGAGUAAGUGGUGAUGGGGGAAAAAGAAAGACUUGUGAGACACUUAGAAUCCAGUCUGUAAAACAGAUGGAAACUACAUGUACAUGUACACAAUUUGUAUUUGCAAUACAAAUCACAAUGACAUUACUUUACCUUGAUUUUCACAAGCAUUAUAAAUGACAAGGAAAUGUUGAAUUGGAGUUAUAUGAUACUCACUCUUCCACUCUGUUUUGAAAAACAUCAUCUUCUUUGCAAUAUUUUCAAAUGACAAUAAUGAUACACUGUUUACACAAAGCUAACUUUUUAGCUACUCUUUCUAGACAGCUGUCUUUUUACUGAGUCACCUUCUGCUACAGGAAUUUUAAUCCCCAACUCAGAGAACUGAAAGGAAUUUUAGACUUCUUAGCAGAAAUAAAUUGCAUUGUAAAUAAGAUCUGAGACUUUUUGCAAGAGCUGACAACUUUGACUUUAAUAUUGGUUAAAUUGUUUAAGAGACCUAUGAAUUCAUGGUAUUUUCCAUCCCAUACACUAGACCCUGCAUGUUGACAUAAUUUCUAUGAGGCACUUUCUAUUGAAAGGUCCUACAAAAGUGACAACUCUAAUUACAUUACUGACUGACAGAGCUCAGCCUCUGUGAGAUAAUUUAGGUUUUAAAUUGUCUAGUUAAAAAACAAGACUUAUUACAGAAAUGUUCUGAUUAUUUUCCACUAACUGUUUAUUUAGCAAAAAAAUACUAGGCCAUUUUAAAAAGAAGACCAUGCUGUUCUUGUAAAUAGAGAUGCAAACAAUUUAAUUUAUUGUUUCUAUUAUCAGUGAAUUGUGACUGCAUGUGCCAAACUGAUUUCAUGCUUGUGUUCACUUGCAGGUCCAUCCUCAGGAAAUGGAAGUCCAAAAGGAAGAUCAAAUUCUACAACAAAAGUCUACUUUGUUGGUAAAGAAAUCAGCAGUAGUGUGCCAACAAAUUUAAAUGGACAUAUAAAACAUUCUGCUGCUCCUACUGAAAUCCAGACAAUUGACAAGGUAAUUCAUGAGAUUAUUUAAUUUUCCUCGCUCUCAAAAUGUGAUGUCUUAGUUCAGUUGGUAGAAGUAUCUUAAACCACUUUCUGGGAGGAAAGGAAUGCAUUUUUUUUAAAGUUAACUAUUAUUCAAUUAAAUUACUGAAUAUACGGUAUGCAACAAAUUUAAGGGUGUCCCUUUUUAUUAUAGUGCAAUCAAAAUUUAUUGAUAUAAUGAAAAAAUUAGUAGAAUCAACUAUUAUUGUCCUUCAUGAUAUGCAGUCAGGUUUCCAGACAUAUGUCUCUGUAAUAUUGAUUAUUGAUUAAGUAUUUAAAAGUGAUAAUAAUGGCACAAUUUACUCUCCCAAGUGACUCUUUCGGUCAAAACAAAUUAUUUGCAAGCAUAUCUCAUUUAUAUUUUGUCCUAGGUAAGAGUAAUUUUUUGAUGACAACUUUGAUAAAUAUUGUAUACCUGUAUCAAUGCAUGCAAGUAAGAUUUGAUAAGCUUAAUAUUCUGGUUGGAAAAUGUAGUUUGCUUGAAUUUUGUUGAGGGUCAAGCUUGGGAGAUAAAAACACACCUGCAACUAUUGGUAACCCUUCAGCUUGCAGCCAUGAGAGGAAAUUGUACGAUGGCUGCAAAAAUAGCCUGGAAUUUUUAUAUGUAAACUAUUUCAUGCUAUUUGAAGACUAUUCAUCAUGGACAUUCACAUAGGUAUGAGAGGGAUAUUGAUAAUCCGAAAGAUGAAAGAGACUUGAAGGGUGCAAUGUUGGCACUCAAACUCAAUUAAAUGACAUCAAAAGUUAUGUUUUAUUCUUCUUUUUUGUGCUCUAUUGGUUAAUUACGAUGGAAGCCAUGUUUAAUAUCUCUUUGAAAACUAAAUGCUGUGCAUUAAUGUGGUCUUAAUUAAAUUGUAAGCACUGUCAUAGCUUAUUAUUGAUUUUAUUGGUUAGAUAGUAUGGUAAGGCUUGAUUUGAAAACAAGAAUGCUGGCAAUAUUUUUUAUUCCUGUGAUAUUGUAGGAUGCUAGAUUACAAGAGCUUGAUGAUGAGCAUGACCUUUUACAAAAUGGUCUUCAGGUCAUCGAAAAAGCUAGAAAGUGGUAUUUUAAAAGAAUCACAGCUAUUCAGGAAGAGAAAUUGCACCUUCAAAAUGAUGACCAAUAUUCUCUUGAACAGGUAAUUCAUUAUCUAAUGUCAUUAUAAUGUUUCAUUACAAGAUUGACCAGGCACCUGUAUCAGAGAACAUUCUAAAAAUGCACAUGCAUUAAUUGAUCAAUUGUGAUACAUGUCGCUAUGACUUGUUUAGAACAACUUGAAAAUGAUAAGUAAAAGCAAUUCAUUUUGUAUGUUGUAUCAUGAAUAUAAGAAGAAUAUUUACCAACAAACCACCUGAUUAAGGAGGCUGUGUAGAUGAAUGAGUGACUCCUCAAUGUCUGCUAUUCACUUCAAUUUGUUAACUGAAGAAAGCAUUCUGUGAGGGAGGCAACAGGCAGAUGAGUCUUUUCAUUAUAUAGCAAACCAGUAUCCCACUUGUAACAUUUUCCACAAAUCAGUCGUUGCUUAUAAAUAUUGCCAGGAUCAUGCACCCUAUAGCAAGUAUUUGAGGAAUGAAGAUUUGUAUGUUGGUUAUGUGGCCAUGAUCAGUGUGGCCAACGGAAAGGAAGUAUCAAUGAAAUUUGUUUUUCUAGGUGAUGGGAAAUACAUUUUGCAGUAUAAUUAUGUUUGUCCUACUUUUAUAGUAUAAUUAUGUUUGUCCUAUUUUUAUUUGGCUUGAAUGUUGCCCAGAUUUCAAGCUAGAAAGAGAGCUUGAAAAUUGCUGAAGAUGCAAUCAUGGCAAAAGGGGCCAUUUGACAUACCAAAAAAAACAGAACUCUGACUAACAGAAAUUACAGUCAAAAUGAACACCAUGUGUGUUGCAAAAGGUCUGUAAGGCUUACAAUUUGUAUUCAUUACUGUAAAAGUAUUUCUGAAUUUUUCUCUCUUGGGCUAACUUUUGAAUGGUAAAUUUUUAAAUACAUUUAUUGUGCUCAUCUACCCCUUUGCAGUUUCAGUAUGAAAUUUUGCUUCACAAGACAAGAAGGAGAGAGCUUGGUUUGGAUGAUGACUCUUUUAAGGAGCACAAACAUCACAUACAGAGUGUGAAUCAGUCCUUAGAAAGAAUCAUUGAAGGGAAAUCACCUGUAAAGGUACACAUAGUUUAGGUCUCUUGUUUGAGUUCCUUUUUCAUUAUAGAAGUUUCACCCUCAGGAUUGAUCAUAUUUAGAACAAUUUUUGGCUCUUCCUUCUGCUCAGCUGAUAAUUGCUAACCCCUUUUGAAUAAUAUGGAUAAUUUUUUUCCUUAGGCAUUACCAACUUCAAGUUCAGAAGCUAGUAAUGAAAAACAAUGGCUGCAGGAUGAAGUAGAACGUCUAAAAAAGGUCAUUAUAAAAAUCAUUUAUUAGACUGUAGCCUGUUUUUUGUAUGCAUAGUCUGUGUACCUCCUACAUGUAGCCUGUUUAUAUGGCUAAAUCUCAGUGAUCUGAAAAUUUCUAAUUUUUAACCCAUUUUUGUUGUUUUUAAAUAAUAUAUUUCUAGUAUUUAGCCUCUCAGAAAUCUGUUAUCAAUUUUGUGAAUAGCAAAGUUAACAAGUGCCUCCCUGAUAAUUUUUAAGUGCUAGCGUUUAUUGUGUCGCUCUCUUUCAAUAUUAUUGCAAUAUUUCCUCAGAGUAGCCCUUUUUGAACCUUUUCCCUUCCAAGCUCUCAUAAUAGUAAUUCUCCUUACUGUCUACCAUACAAUUCUUAUGAUUUUAGUUCAAAGAACUUGGUAUUGGAUCAACUAAUAAUCUCCUAAUUAACAUUUUUGUUUAUUCCCAUCAUUUGUCUGCUUGAUAUUAUAUUGAUAUUGUAAGGAGAAAUUCUGUCUUGGUCUGUGACUCAUGAGAGCUGUUCAGUCAAUAAUAAUGGUUAAGAGACCAUAACGAAUCGUUGAUUGGUGUUAUUUGUAUAAUAAUAUAUUUUCAUCAUCAGGAGGUCUCUGAGAAAGGAAGUAAAAUUGCUCAACUGGAAACUGAGAAGUCUGCCCUCAUCCGCGACUUGUUCAACAGCAAAGCGUCUGGAAAAAAUGGACUUAGCACAAAAAAGCCCCAUCAGAUCUUCUAAUCUGAAGGCAAGGCCGGCCAAAUUGUGUCGAGGAGCUUCAAGUAAUUGCAAGUUAAUAGGUCACUUGUGCAUAUUGGUAACAUCUCCGAAUGUCUCCAGUUUCAACAUGGAGUCUGAUAACGAUAUAAGUUACCCUAUCCAUUCUACUCGCUAACAACUGAUAUGGAUAGUUUACAAUCUCUCGCUUACUCAUUGCUCGCUGCGCUGCUGCUGAAAAUCCUAUAGGUCAGCAGAGCAUUAAUUAAGCAACACACGACAAGGCAUGUAUUAAAUUGAAAAAGAUAGGGGAAAAAGUAUAUAUUUAUAUAAAAAUAAUUAUCAGCGCCUGUUAUUAGCAAUGAUAAAUAAAAAGUUAAUAUACUUGUUAAGCAAAUGGAUCGCCUAAUUUUUUUUCAAGUGUUAUAAGCUUUUGAAUUUAAUAUACAUACUGUUGUUACAGCCCUACAACAAACGAAAUUGAUUUCUAAACAUUAUUUAGGGUAUUAUACAUAGUAGGAGAUGAUCUUGAUUCCUGUUGAGCGCACCAGAUGUGUUUACUGUACAUUUUACUGAGAUCAGAAUCCAGGAGUUGUUUUAUAGUUUAAUUUUAUAAUCGUACAUAAAAGAAGUAUUAUUGAAAUAUUAACGUAAAGAGGUAAAGUGAGAAAAUAUGAAUUUUAAUAUCUCUUUACUUCAAAAAUUGAAAAGCAGUGAAACAUAAAUUAUGAAAAGACAUUUUUUUAUCGAUAUACUUGCAUAUUUGUAGUAUAUUUUGAUUUAAAUAGUUUAUUCGAUAAAACGCUUUGUUGAAGUGAGAAAGAGUAAAAUUCUUACCGUCAUUGACAAAGCAGUUUGUAUGUGAUUGUGUCGAGAAAUUCGCCAAGGGACCGGGAACGAUGCUUAAGAGGAGCCAAUCAGAACACUUGAUUCUACUGAGGGUUAAACUGGUUUAUAACAUAGCGCGUAAAUUUGUCUAAUCAAAUUCAAUUCCGUGAGCGACUGCUUCAUAUUCUUAUUGUGCACGCUCCUGACGUCAGCAAACAAAUCCCUCUAUAAAAACAAUUUUUAACCAUCGGGUUGAAGAUGUUACUAAACAAUUGGUUCAUACGUCAGCUGUGCGUUCAUCGAGAUAUGAAGCACACGGGAAGUUUGGAGAGCACGAAAAAUGCGUAAGAGUUGCUCAAGGCGUAGCCGAGAGCAACUCUAGCUUCUUGAGUUAAGUGAAGUGCACUUUGGCAAAGGCGAAGAGAUUGGCCAAUAAAAAUACGGCUGCAUGCAGAUGCAUAUGUAGUUAUUUCUACAUAACAAAAAAGAGUGUACACGCUGAAGGGUGGAACUUUAAAUAUAAGCUUAC